GGGCGGGCGGGCGGAGGAGCGCGGCGGGCCGGGCCGGGCCGGGUCGGGCCGGGCCGGGCCGGGUACAGCGGGGCCCGCAGCCAGGCGGACAUGGCGUCGCAGCCGCCGCCUCCCAAGCCCUGGGAGAACCGGCGGCUGGCGGGCACCGUGACGCCGGCCUUCCAGUCUCCUGACUUGGGUGACAACCUACUGACCAGGCCUGGACAACCCACAGUUGCACGAAUACCUCCGCCUAUUUUGCCAAGACCGUCCCACCAAACGGGAAGCAGUAGCCUGAGCACUUUCAGGCCAGCGUAUAGUAGUUCGUUUUCUCCAGGCUAUGGUUCAUAUGGAACCUCUUUUUAUGGAAGCUAUAGUCCUUACAGUUACGGAUACGGCGGUUUGGGUUAUAACCGCUUUCGUACAGAUGAUAUUCCUCCCAGCAGGUUUGUUCAGCAGGCUGAAGAGAGCAGCAGAGGAGCAUUUCAGUCCAUUGAGAGUAUCGUGCACGCGUUUGCCUCGGUCAGCAUGAUGAUGGAUGCCACCUUUUCAGCGGUGUACAACAGUUUCAGAGCUGUGUUGGAUGUAGCGAAUCACUUCUCCCGCCUCAAAGUACACUUCACAAAGGUGUUUUCAGCUUUUGCUUUAGUGAGAACUAUAAGGUUUCUCUACCAGCGCCUGCAGCAAUUACUAGGUCUGCGGAAGAGCUCUGAGAAUGAGGAUUUGUGGGCUGAAAGUGGGGGGACAGUAGCUCGUGUUGGCAUUGAAGACAAGGCGGCCAACUCUGCAAAGUCUUGGCCCAUUUUCUUGUUCUUUGCUGUUAUAAUGGGAGGUCCCUAUCUGAUUUGGAAACUGCUUUCUACGUACAGCGAUGAAGAAACAGUAUCUAGUAACUGGGCGAGUGGAGAAGACGAUCACGUAGUUGGAAGAGCAGAAUAUGAUUUCAAUGCUCUCUCCGAAGAAGAAAUUUCUUUCCGUGCUGGUGACAUGCUAAAAUUAGCACCCAAAGAACAACAACCCAAAAUCCGCGGUUGGCUUUUGGCCAGUUAUGAUGGCCAGACAACAGGACUCGUGCCAGCUAAUUACAUCAAAAUCCUGGGCAAAAGAAGAGGUAGGAAAACAGUGGAUCUGGAAAGGAUUACAGAGCAACCGCCAGCGUUUACCAGCACGUCUGCUAGAGGAUCCACCGCUGCUGCGACGUUAGAGGAGCAGGAAGCUGCUUUUGAUUCUGUUUUUGCUGCAAGUAGUAAAGUUCCUGUUGCGUCUGACUCCACCGUGGUUAGUGGAGAGAAACAGGAACUCUAAUGCACUUUGAUCAAGGAAGCGACUGAACUCUGCUUUGUUGAUAAAACUUAGGGUUUGUCGAAAAUCUGUGUUGUAGUGGAACACUGAUGGGUCUGUACCAGUUCUUGCUGCUCCUGACUGGUGAAGGGAUGAAGAAAUGAUUGCUCAAAUUUGUAGUAUUUAUUUUUGACCUACCUGAGGCUGUACAUUAGUGACUCUACCCAACCACCUGGCAGCAGCUCGAAGAUCCCAAAAUGAGGAGAAUUGAGGCAUUUAUAACAAAGCAAACAAAAGCGAUAGGGGCUGCCAACCUGUGUUUGUUACGGAGAUAAACUGUUGCUUGCUUUUUGUGAGAAGUAGGGCUUCUGUCAAAAAGACCUUAGCUCUUACAAAAAUAGGACUUGCAAGAAAGAGGAAAGAAAUACAGUUUACAAAGGAAGAGCAGUGAGGCUUCAGCAGUAGUUCUAACCAAUUCUCUUUUGUUUAUUAAAACAGCAUUCGAAUAAAGGGUAUCCUGCAGUCAGGCACUUUUCCAGCACACUUAUCAAUUGUUAUUUUCUUCCGUGGUCACGUAAUUUUGCAUCACUCCUAGCUAUUUUGUUAUUGCAGCUCGUUAACUGCCUAUCAAUAGUUUACCAACUCCCAUCUGCAUCUCAACGUACUUCUGUUCCUUAUUGUUACUAUAUGAAUGUCAAAAUAUCUAUCCUGCCUUUUAGUGCAGUAGGAAAGCGAUGGCCUGGGGGCAGUUUAACCUCAUUUGAGUGGCACCAAAAAGUAACAUUUCUUGCUUAAUUGUCUCAGCAGAGGUCUUGGAGUUACCUCUUUAUACUGCCUUUCAGGUGGUAAAUUUUGCAUCUGUCCAUAAAAUUGGAGGGCUCUGGUUUAUCAAAAGCCAUAAAAACAUUAAGACUGUUCAGAGUAUUUAGUAUUUUCUUCAUAUUGGUGUUAGAGAGUUCUGUAUUGAAGUACUAUUUGGGUUUUUGUUUCGGUUUGUUUUUUUUAAUGAAGCAAAGAUAAUUAAAACUUUCUUCCUUGUAGUAUGUAUGUAAAACAUGUUGAGCUGCUGAAGGUUAGAGCAAUGGGUAAAAUAACUAAAGCUUGUCUUAAUGAUUAAAAUAGCUUUUCUUUUUUAUUUUAAAGGUAUUGAAAAGUAUUAGGAAAAGUAGAGCAUGUGCCUUUGCUUAAUUGAUGCAGUAGUUUCAGUUUGACUGUUUCUACAGAGAUCUUCAACACCCAUUAUGUGUUAGCAAAGCUUUCAGUAUUUUUACUUUAAUUGCAUUUGCUGACCUUGAGCUCUUAGAAUUCUGCUCGCCACAUCAAAACUCUGAAAAGAAAAAAUGAAGUGAGCACAGUUUUUUUGAGGUAGAGUGGCUGAAAAGAUGGAUAUCAUUCUGGAACCUUGGAUUUUAAAGUAAUCUCUGAAUGCCCGUGGUAGAUAAUUAGAGCAAGAAUUUGAGUGGUGGUGCUCAGGUAUUGGGACAUGGUGCAAAGAAUAAUUUUGAUGGGUUGUUAGAUCUUAAAGUGCAGAGGAAAAGGAGGGAGUACUUAAAGGGCAAAUGAGAAACUUGAAACAAGGCUUGCUAGGUUUAAAGCAGAACAGGUUCUUGAGACGUUUCCCUGUGUACCAGGGCAUUGAAGAAAAUUAUCUGUGUUUGGAAAUGACGUCUGUUGUUGAAAUCAAAAUAGCAAACAAUCCUGAAAUAUAAAAUAUAGAGAGGAAAAAAAGGAGAGGAGGUAUCAAGUGUACAGUUCUACUUACAGUGUGUGUUCAUAGAGGGAAUUAAUUUACUAUGUGAGAUCUAAUUAAUGGACUUUCAGCUUCUCUUCUGUCAGUGAAAGAUUUCAAUCAGAGGAAUAGUCUCUUAAGUUAGUGAGUAAGUAAACCCCAAACUUUUUGUAGAGUAUCCAUUCAAGUAGAUUUCUAUUUUCCUGCUCAGCACAAGUUGGGAAGACAGUACCAUGAUGUUUGUUAGAAUCUUUAAAUCCUCCUAAUUUUUAGAAAUACGAGUUAAAUUUUACUUUCAGGUCAUACUAUUUUGAAAAUAAUUCUUUUUGUAGGAAGAUAGGUUAUUAAUAACAGGCUUGUCUUUAUGGUAGUUUGACUUAGUCUACCAGUUGCUAACUGUCAUAACUGUGUCUGCUGAAUCUUGACAAGAAUUUUGAUCCUUUCAAUCUUGUGAUUACAUUAAUGGGAAAAGAAGGCUCUGAGGAAAUGAAGUUACGUAACUCACAAUUAAUUGUACUGAUUGCAGAAGGGUAUUAAAAUUUAAUGAAGAAAAAUUAUACUGUGCUUUAAGAUUUUGAUUUUUUUUUUUCUUUUAAUGCACGAACUAGCAUCAGGAAAAAAAUGUGAGUCCUGCAAUUUCGUUGUCUGUGUUUCUGUCAGGAAAAACAUCAUCUGAUUGAUAAAGGGAGGCUGGUUGACAGGCUGCUUGAGACUUGCCUAACUUUGGAAAGGUGACGAGACCGAAAGGAGCAGGUGUGGCUGCAACUGGAGUGUGUAGAAGAGGAGGUCAGAAAAGAUGCUGCCGAAAUACUGCUAAACUUCCUCAUAUAGGCAAUUAACUCUUAUUUCAAUAUCUGUACAAACUGGGUUACUUUUAUGUUGUUCUCUGAAGCUGCUUGUACACCUGUAGCAGACCUAGAAGUCUGUAACAGACCCAUGACAUUUGUUUAUAUGAGACUUUAGAUUGAUCUUACUUUAAUCUUUUUGAUACUGUUCAGUACACCAGCUGUUUUAUGCUUGAAUAAUCUCCAAAGUAAUGACAGAUGCCAGAUUUGCCUGGUUCUCUGGGUGCUAGCAGUACAUGAACACGCCCGCAUUCAGGUUUCUGAAUAAUAAAGUUAAAAUCCUCUUUU